AUGCGGCCGUUCGUGCUUGACAUUAGAGUGGAUAAGCAUUUGUUCCGAGCCUCGGUGCAAUUUUGGAAUUCUGCAUACAAGUGUUUCACCUUUGGAGAAGUGGAUUUGGUACCUACUAUAGAGGAAUACACUACGCUGCUUAGGUGUCCAAAAAUUCAGGUCCGAAAGACUUAUGCCCGGGUUUUUAGUAGUCAGGCUUUCGUGAAGAAACUGAUGAGCAUUUCUGAGAUGAGCGAGCCUUGGGUCACCGCCCGGAUUCAGCAAAAAAGAGAUAGCAAAUGUGUCCCUUGGGAGAAUUUGCAAGAUUUGAUCUUGACUCACCCAGACGAAAGAAAGAGGGUCGAUAUAUUUGCCUUAAGCAUCUACGGAUUAGUGAUCUUUCCUAAGGCUUUGAGGCACGUGGACAAGGCGGUCAUUGACUUGUUUGAUCACCUUGAGAAGGGAAUCACUCCAGUACCGGCGAUAUUGGCAGAAACUUUCAGAUCUUUGAGCUCAUGUCGGAAGGCGGGCGAGGGGCGAUUCAUUGGAUGUGCUCAACUAUUGAUGGAAGAAGCAGCCAUACAGAGGAGAGAGGAUAUCUCGGAGGAGAAAUGGAUGGAUAUUCUUCAAAACCUCAAGGAGGGGGAUAUUGAAUGGAGAGCCUAUUGGAUGGUCCUCGACGAGAUCAUGUACCGAUGUGGUAACUUCGAUUGGGUGCCAUUGUUAGGAAUCUGGGGAGCUACUGGGUAUACUCCGUUGAUAGCUUUGAGGCAAUACAAGUCGAGGCAGUUUGUACCCACGACCUACAGACUUGCUCAGAAUGAAUUCUCGUUUAAAGGUGCUCACUAUAAGAAGAAAGUUCGGGAAUUAUCAGAUGCUUGGAAACAAACUGGCUGGAUGAAGAGGUUAGCCAUCGAUUCUAUGGUAACACCCGAGUACAGCGAGUGGUUUAAGAAGAGGAUUAAUGAUAAUAUUCCUAGGCCAAGCUUGGAGAGUGCUCGACCUGUCGGAGAACAAUUACAAAUCGCCCCAUCAGAAUUAGAGAUUAUAAGACAAGAUUUCGAGAAGAAAAGUUUGGAGCUUGGGAAGAAGAUCGAACAAUUGGAGGAAGAGAAGAUGCACCUAAGGUUAGAGGCUGAUGUCCAGAAGUCAGAGGCUGAGAAGUGGAAAAAAGGAAAGACUAAGGCUGAAGAAGAUCUAGACAGUUUGAAAAUGGACUACAAGAAGUUACGCCUAUCUAUGAGGACUGCGGGCUUAGGUAAGACUUCCGAACAAUGGCGCCAUGAAAUUCGAGAAGAAAAGGCUAAUACCAACCGGUGGGAAAGGAAAUUCCAAGAAGCUCAGGCACGAAACGAAGAUUUGGAGAAAAGUCUGUCGGAAAGCAGAAAUGAGCGAGGGGAAUUAAGGGCUAGAGUGUCAGAAGUCGAGAAGUCUCUGCGUCAAUACCGAAACCGCAACACCGCGAUGGAAUUGAAGGCAAGCUUGAGCAAGAUAGAAGAAAUGAAAGGAAAAAUUGAAGAGUUAGAGGCGUCGCUGUAA